AUGUCAUUGGCUCCUACAUUUAACAAUAAUAACUAUACUAAGGAUGUCUAUAAUAAUAGUAGUGAUAAUCAAAGUUCAAGUAGUGGUAAUGGUAAAUCAAAUAGUCCUGGACGACUAAUAAAGACAAAUUUUCCAUCUCUAAAUAAACCAAUUAUAAGACCAAGACAACCAUUAAGAGAAACAAAUUCAAACUUGCCAUCACCUAGAAAAAGACAAAAAUUGAAUAAUUAUGGAAAAAAAACACCAAAAUCAAAGAAAAAUUAUCAUCAAUCAAAUUAUCAAAAAACUUAUUCACCACCAUCAUCCAAUCAACCAAAUUCAAAUAAUAAACGUGUAAUUGUGGAAACUAAACCAAAUCCUCAUGAUUAUUUAAUACUAGAGAUGGAAAAUGAACAACCUGAAGUAAUUUCAAUUAGUGACGAGAGUAAAGAAGAUUCAACAUUUAUUGAAAGUCAAGAAAAUCAAGAAGCUUUUGAAAUUAGUGAUGAAGAAGAUGAUGUAAUACUAGUGGAAGAAAAAGAUAAAAAGAAGUUGAUUAAAGAUGUGCAUAAUAAUCAACAUGGUAAUAAUGAGGAGGUUAAAAAUAUAAUAGAAGAUCAAGUUGGUAAAUAUGAUGAAAUUUUACAGCAUGAGAAAUCUAAUGAGAUUGUACCACAUAAUACUGAUGAAAUUCAUAUCUCCAAGAUAGUUCAAAGCAAUCCUUUUCUAGAUAAUGCAAUUGAUAAUACAUCAAAAGUAAAUCCGAUGAGCAUGGCCAAAAUAAAUCAAAUUGAUGAAAUUAAAAAUCAAAUGGUGAUACGAUCUGAAAAGAAAGAAAAUGAUAAUUUCAAAAUUGACCAAUUGAAGUUUUAUCACGACAAGGAAUAUCAUAAUGAACUCAAAAAACAAGUGCUAGAAAAGAAUAGAAUUUCCAAACCAAAGCAAGUAGAGGAAAAGAAACGAAUUUUAGUUGAUUCAACAAAUACCAAAAAGAAACAAGAGGCUCAAAAGAACCUUGGAAGAUUAUCUGGAGAUGAAUUAUAUAAUUGGCAACAAUCAUGGAGAAAAAUAAUGAAAGAAUCAGUUGUAUAUUUUGAAGGUGUGCAGGAUAAACAAGUAAAUGAAUAUAGAAAAGCAGCAAGACUAUUAAAAGUAGUUGGAUGUAAUAUUGUUCCUUUUUUUAAUGGAGAUGUUACUAUAAUUGUAUCAAAAAGAUCAUUUGAUGAUAAAAUUGAUUAUCCAAUGCAUGAUAUUUUCUCAAAUGUUUCAAAACUGAAAAUCAAAGUAUGGAAUUAUGACAAAGUUUUUAGAUUCUUGAAGAAUUUAGGUAUAAAUGUUCAAACUGGUGAAGAUGAACAAGCAGUUAAUACUCAUACAAUUUUACCAAAUUCAUUAAGUACUAAUAAUAAUUUAUUGAAUUUAUUAAAAGAAGAAAAAAUUUAUGGUUCUGCAGAUCGUGAUCCAAAUGCAAAACGUGAUGAUUUACAUUAUUUGAGUAAAAAUUAUUUAUAUGUAUAUGAUUUAAAUCAAUUAGUUAGACCAAUUGCAAUUAGAGAAUGGAAUGAUGGUGAAUAUCCAGUAUUAAAUUAUACAUUAGAUGGUAAAUGUCCAUUUAUACCCGAUUCAAGUGAUCCAAACACUGAAAGGAAAAGAUUAAAAAGGUUGAAAAAAUUUGAAGCUACAAAAUCACAUCGUCAAGCAUUAAGAUUAGCUACUUUUAAACUAAUUAAUGGUGUUUCAAUGAUUAGUAUUCAUUUUCAAGGUACCAGUACAAGUACCGAUAAAAUCGAAGAAGAAGAUGUAAUUGAAAUUUCAAAUAAUACAACUACAAAAAUAACAGAUACAACUGAAUUUAGACAACCAUUAAUUAGAAAUUCAUCAUGUAUACAAUCAAAAGUCAAUGAUGUUAUGGCUUCAGGUUAUAAUGGUGCUUCAAAUGCACAAACUUUGUCAAUAGACUCUAAUUUAAAUAGUAAUGCAAUUGCAGCUGGAAAUGGUUUAGGUCCACAAGUGUCACAAGUUCCAUCUAAAAAUUUAAAUAAUCUUAAAAGAAGGAUAUUUUUGAAAAAGAAAUCAUCUGAACAACAAAAUCAACCAACUAAAAGAGAAAAAGAUUAUCAACCUGGUUAUUGUGAAAAUUGUAGAACAAAAUAUGAUAAUUUUAAUGAUCAUAUACAAAGUAAUAGGCAUAGAAAUUUUGCAUGUGAUGAUAAAAAUUUCAAAGAUAUUGAUGAUUUAAUAACUACAUUAAAAGAGAAUAAAUCAUUGGGUAAUGCUAUAUCUAAUGGUGAUUCAAUAUAG